AUGGUUAAGUUUACCGUCGUAGCGUGCGGAGGAUGGCCCUCGCUAUCUUGUCAGGCGGGGGAGGUGUCGACCAAUGGCAGAGCGACCCGAGCGCAUCACACUGUCUCUAUCAUUUAUACCUACUGCGCAUCUCCACCGACAAUCGCAUUUCCAUUGGCUGUUCAGCCGUUUAGCGACCGCCUUGGACCGCAUCUCAUCCGGAUCGAGCGAGACACUGGCCGUUAUGACAAAUGUUUGCGAAAAUUAAAAAAGUUCGUAUUUCAAAUUUGGAACGCCGGAGCGCGGGAUCGGUGUGGGGGCGCAGUGUGCGGCCGGCGGGCGUCCUGCACGUACGCCGAUCCAGCUGGGUGGUUGUAUGCGGCGUGUCACGCGAGCGGUCGACGGGACACUGCGUUCACGUGCUCUAUAGACCGCGGGGAAAGCGUUUUUCACGCGGGUGACGAUAAUGACCGCGCUGUCUCGACCAGCGGCCGCCCGGCGACUGUCACUGCAGUCUUGAACGUUUCAGUACAACACGAAUACAAGCCACGCUCCUUAUGA